AUGACAACUUUCAAGCAAGUUCCUCUCACAUGCGGUGGCCAUACUAGACCAGUCGUGCAUUUGGAUUUUAGUGACGUUACAAAAGAUGGGUAUUAUUUGAUUUCGGCCUGCAAAGAUGGCAAGCCCAUGCUACGACAAGGUGAGACAGGUGAUUGGAUUGGCACAUUUGAAGGUCACAAAGGUGCCGUGUGGGGGGUAGCUCUGACACAAAAUGCUAAUCUCGCUGCAAGUGGUGCAGCUGAUUUCUCAGCAAAAAUAUGGGACGCUCGUUACGGUGAAGUGGUACACACAUUCGAACACGAACACAUUGUAAAAAGCGUAAACUUCAAUGCUGACGACUCUCAGCUCCUUACUGCAAGCAAUGAGAAACUCAUACGUGUAUUUGACCUUAACAAACCUGAAGCAGGAGCUCUGGAGAAAAUAAGCGCGCACACGAGUAGCAUCAGACACGCAGUGUUUCUUCAUAACUCACGCAUAGUCAGCGUGAGCGAUGAUCUCACAAUGAGAGUCUGGGACCGUACUAGUGGACAGGAGGUCCAAAAAGUAGAGUUCCCAACCAUUCCUAACAGUUUAGAAUUGUCUAGGGAUGGAGCUAUAUUGACUGUGGCUCAUGGUACAAAUGUAUCUUUUUAUUCUUCCGACACAAUGCGCAAAAUGCGCGAAUUCCCGGUGCCAACGAAAUGCUAUUCAGCAUCGCUUGCACCAAGCCGUGCGACUUUUGUCUGCGGCGGUGAAGACUUAAAAGUCUAUAAAUUUGAUUAUAAUACAGGAACAGAACUUGAAUCGAACAAAGGCCACUUCGGUCCGGUGCACUGCGUCCGGUGGUCGCCGGACGGGGAGCUGUACGCGACGGGGUCGGAGGACGGCACGGUCCGGCUGUGGCAGGCCGUGCCGGGCCGGGUGUACGGGCUGUGGCGCCGGACCAACGAACACACGCCCGUACUCAACGGGUUCAAGGAGGUCGCGGCCAACUGA